AUGAGCCAGGAAAUGGAGACGCUUGACGCCCGCCUUGCCAGCUUCGAGACGGUACUGCCCGGGAGACGACGAAAUUCGAGUGCAAAAUCCACAAAACCAAUUAGCUGGCCACAUAGCAGGCCUUCGCCAGCUGAGCUGGCGCAUGCGGGUUUCUACUACGAACCCCACGAGACGAACCCUGAUAAUACGAGAUGCUUUCUAUGCGAGAGUGCACUUGACGGAUGGGAGGAAGAGGAUAAUCCGAUCACAGAACACCUGACACUUUCGCAAAACUGUGGAUGGGCGAUCAUGAAAGAUAUCGAGCGGCAUAGCUCGAACCCCGCCGAAAUCGAAGACCCGACAAGCGAGAGGAUUUCCGGAGCCAGAUCAGCAACAUUUGGGUUAUAUUGGCCACAUGAUGGGAAGAGGGGUUGGGUGUGUCAGUCGGAAAAGAUGGUUGCAGGUGGAUGGUACUUCUGCGCCAACGAAGAGAGUAACGACUUGGCUAGCUGUGCCUACUGCAAGUUGUCUCUCGAUGGAUGGGAACCUAAGGAUGACCCUUAUGAGGAACAUUACCGAAGAUCUUCAGACUGUUCUUUCUUCGUGUUUGCGCAGAAUCCCAGCAAGAAAGCAAAAGCCUCCCGCUCGAAAAAGCCACGAACCUCCAAAGCAACACAGUCCACCGCCUCGGAUGCACCUCCGGUGGAUCUUGACGACCAGGUUGACGAGAAUAUUGAGUUUGAAACGACUCCCAAGACAAAGAACACCAAAAAGUCAUCUAAAUCCAAGGCUAAACCCACGAAAUCCAAGAGAACGGACACGGUGAAUACAGAUGACCAGAUGGAUAUUGAUGGCGCCGCAUCCGAAGAACCCGAACCUCCCAAGCCAAAGCGCGCAACCAGGGGAAAGAAACGCACGAGUGAAGAAGUUAGCCAGAGCUACGGGGACGAGGUCGAUAUAGAGACGACGGAACUGCCUGAGCCAGCCCCUAAAAGAAGAGCAACAAGAACACGCAACAGCACUAUUCAACAAAAUUAUAGUACUUUGAACGAUGCGGCCCCAGCGGUUACACAAGAGCAGAACGAGAUGGCUUCCCAGGAAGCGGAGCCCAAAAAGGGCCGUCGAACCAAGAAGAACGCAUCAACAAAAGGCCGCAAGGUUUCUGAAGUUUCAAUAUCAAAAGCACCUCCGACCUCACGUACACCUGAUGAUGCCGAGCUGGAUGCGGCACUUGAAGCUGACCUUGAAGCGGAUCCGGCAAGCUCUGAAGAGAAGCGCGCAGAGACAACCACUGAACAGACGUUGAAAAAGCCAAAGUCCAGCAAGAAAUCCAAGCCGAGUCCAGAAGCACAAGGUCCCGCAGACAUGCCAGAACACGAUGAGAGACAAGAUAGAUCGGACGAAAUCCCUGAGGAGGAUCCGGUAGAGCCUGUCGAAAUAGAGCCGCGGACCCAGGUAAAAACAGGCAAGAGUUCCGGCAAACGCAAAGCCAAGGGAUCUAAGUCGCAAGAAAAGGACUCUAAAUCUCGGGAAUCGCCCGAGAUUGAGAGGGAGGAUGCAGAAGCAGUUGCUCCUACAUACCAUGAGUCUCUCGUAUCCGUGGAGAUCGAAACCAGAAAGCCACAGCAAUCAGCUGAAGCGGAAAUUCUAAGCGACGAGGAAGUACCGAAGCUAAAUAAGAAGGCUUAUACAGGUAAAAGCAAAAAAUUAAAGAAACCAAGUGAAUCGUCAGUGGAACUACCUGAGCCCGAAGAAGAAGACGAAGGACACGUCGAAGAUGUCCAAGACCAAGAACUUGCACGAGUCGAUUCGCCCGAACAGAGAGAAGCAACGUCCGAACAGGAACCAGAGCGAGAGCAACAACCCGAAGAGCUAUCCGCUCGUCGCCAGUCAUCACGUCGGUCAUCGGGUAUUCCGCCGAAAACGAUUGAAAGGUACAGCAACAUUCCGCAGGAGAAGCAAUUAGCAAAAAGCUUGACAGAUUCGCAUACUUCGGAUACACCCGCUCAGCCAAAGAAUACCAGGCAAUUCGAAAGACAGGCCAGCGGUUCCAUCUCGCCCUUCCCAUCGACACCUCGAGAAUCACCAUCUCUGUCGCCACAGUCUUCUGAUGCUGAAAACCAACCGCCAUCCACCAAGCCCUCAGCAUCACGGAAUUUUGCGUUGUCCCCAUUCAAACAGCCUUCUGAGCGGACUCCAUUGACCGCCAGCACACCAUCGCCAUCCAAGCAGAAUGUAAACACAGGCGGUUUGAAAACAUCGCGCCCUUGGACUCCGAUUGACAUCGAGAGUAUUCUUUUCGUGAGAGACGGCGACAAGGACAACGCCAGCCCGGGAGGUAAAGCAAGCGGAAACUUGACAAGCCCGGAGAAGAAGAUGACGGUGGAGGAGUGGAUCAACUGGAAUGCAAAGAACGGAGAGGAGCGAUUGAAGCAGGAGUGCGAAAGGCUUGUCAGCCAAUUCGAAAAAGAGGGGGGACGGGCCAUGCGCGUUUUGGAGGGUAUUGAAUGCAUUGAUUAA